AUGAAGGCAAGAAAAGGUGGAAUCAAUGAUCCAAUUUAUAUAAUUGUAAUAUCAGAAGAAGGUGACAAUAGAAAUGGUUCAAUAUAUACAUCUUCAUCACCGCCAUCAUCGUUGCCAAUAUCAACACCAAAAACAAUUUUUCCAACACCAAUAUUAGCAUCUUCAUCUUCUUCAUUAACAGAACCGUUAUCGUCAUCUUUACUAACAACAACAGCAUCUUCUACUACUAAUAGUAUUAAUAGUUCAUCAUUUGUAAUAAAAUUAGAACCAGAAGGGAAUGAAAUUGAGAAAAUGAAUCAUACAAUUAAGGUAAUUUAA